UUAGAGGACUUUCCUAAAAGGUGCCCUUCCGAUGUGUCCUCAAAAAUUGUGAAUUUGUACGACGUCGCAUAGUUGGGUUUGCUAAUUUUGUGAAUUUGACGUUUGGUACGGGGAGAGAGAGGGAGAAAGAUGGGAGGAAGGGGAGCAGGGGAAGCGUUGAGGGCCUACAGAGCGGUGUUGAGAGCAACUCGGAAAUCGUUCGUCGGUGAUACGGUGAUGCUAAAGGAGUCUGCGGCCGAAGUGAGGAAGAAAUUCGAGGAGAACCGUCACGUGACUGCCGAUUCGGAGAUGCAGAGACUACUUGAGGAGGCUCGAGAGGCCUCUCACUUCAUCUCUACCAUGAUCGUCCAGGCCAAACUCAGUUCCCGUGGCGGUUACGAAGUGAAGCUAGGUGAAGAGCAUGCAGGAGCUACACUUGAGACUCCUGAAGAAAUUCUGAAAACGUCCAUCUGAAAAGAGGAAGAAUGGAUAAUAAUGCAGGAGAUUAUUUGCAGUAUGGGCCUUAUCAGUUGAGGUAUUCUGAAGUGUUGUUUAUCUUUUAAAAUAGCUGAGACAUUUGGGUCGUUACGAACUGUUAAUGGUUUAUUGCAAUCAAGGAUCAGCUGCGAGUUUUUGGCUUUUCUCUGUUUUUUAAGUUGGUUUAUGAAUGUAUAUGCUCAAUGCUUCAGUGAGAAGCUUAGGGUGUCAACCUUCAUUUGUACUUGAUAAUGAAAUGAAACAUUAAAUGACAUUCAUCAACGUGGCUAAUAAGCCCUAAC